AUGACUAUGAGCGAUCUCAAACACAAAGAAUGCGAGUCAAUAGAAAGCAAUUCAGACGCCACUGAAUACAGACAAUUGGCCACAAUUAUUGUGAACAAUCUGUUGACCAGAGCUGUAUCCAAAGUGAAUGAACAAAUAUUUCAAAUGAGAGCUUCACAAAUGAAUGUAACUCCCAAAUAUAAUGAGACCAAUUUGGACUUAAUGUUUGCGCCCGACAUUCAAAUAGAUUUAGUCGGCACACGAACUCCCAGUCCCGAAGAAGAGCCUUAUCUCGAUUGGUCCUAUAAUAAGAAAGAAUAUCGGUUUAAAGCGCCGGUAGACCAACAGUCAACCAGUUUUGAUACCGAUUUCUCUAUU